AUGCAAAUUGUAAACGAUAGUUAUUUCAAAGAUGAACGAUGUCGUAUGACGUUACUUUCAAGUUCAUCAUCAAUUGCAACCAAUUUCUAUAUACCAAUAACAACCGUAAAUAUGCAACCGAAUCGCGCUAUUCAUAAUUCACAUAUUCAUUAUCAAAAUAAAAAUGAUAAUGAUAGUGAUGAUAGCACUAAUAACAGUGGGAAUAAUAAUAAUAGCAGUAAUAAUAAUAAUGGCGAUGAUGAUGAUAAUGUUGAUGAUCGUGAUAAUGAUGAUGGCAGUGAUGAUAAUAAUGAUAAUAACAAGGAUAAUGGAAAUGGAAAAUUGAAACAAAAUGAUAAUAGAUCAUUUUUUGAUUCAAAUUAUCAUUAUUUACAAAUUGAUCGAAAUUCGAUUAAUAUUUUAUUAAAAGUUGCUGCUGCUUUUGUAUUAUUAUCUAUUGCUGGUUGUUUGGUGCUUCAACAUUUAAGAAUCAAUCGAUUGGAUUAUCGAAUUCGAAGAAUUGAACUCAAUUCUGCAUAUUCCAUACAGGUAGGGUUAUUUUAA